GGGGCAAGUGUGCCUGUCAAGCCUGUACAGUAACUACUGUCUGCGAUGACCCUGCCCAUGCCGCUACUCACUAUCAAUCCAACUACUGCCAUUCCGUCGUCACCGUCGUUCUAAAGACAAAUGCACUCAACCCGUGUCACGCUUGUUCAUGCUCUAGGGCUACUUGGAACUUAAUCUUGCUCUUUACCCCUCUACUCCAUACAAGGAAGCAUGCUGCCACUUCUGAAUCCCUUUGAGAAACCGCCACAUCGGUUGUAGCAUUUGACCAACGUCCGUCGAUACCUAUACUUCUGCCUACUGCCCUUCAGGUCGUACCCAUCCUGCCUCCUCGCCAUACACCCUCCGUUGAUGCAUUGAUCACACAGCGACAAUGUCUGCCUCAGACACUCCUCCCCCCGAACCGCUGCCGCACGAAGUAGUAGGCCUUCCCGUGCAAAUUAUACGAGAGGCCGAAGCGAUUGCGGCAGCAAAUCAAGAAGAGGACCGGACUACACAGAAGAAAACGGAUGCCUCCUCAGCUCCAGAGAACCGUACACGGCAUCACGGUGGCGUCUCUUCGAAUCUAGACGAUGUUCCUGCACCGGCCUACAAUGGCGCAGAUUAUGGCCAGCUUGAUAUCAGUCAGAAUGGGAUGGAUACUGGUGCUCGACUCGGCAGUGAUGGCAGAGUCAACAUCAAGAUCAAUCAGCGAAGUAAAAAGCUCACAAAUCUGCUCCUACCAGCGCUGCGGCACCAAUUAGAGUUACAGAGAAAGAAGGCUGAAGGAGAGCCGCCCAUACCAGAAGGACUCGGCGAUACAGAGGGCCUGCCACCUCCGCCCAUGAACAUCGUCAUUCAAAUUGUCGGCAGCAGAGGAGAUGUCCAGCCAUUUGUGGCGUUGGGUCAGGUCUUAAAGAACAAAUACAAACACCGUGUGAGGAUAGCAACCCAUCCGACCUUCAAAGACUUUGUGACCGAAAAUGGUCUCGAGUUUUUCAGUAUUGGGGGCGACCCUGCAGAGCUUAUGGCUUUCAUGGUCAAAAAUCCUGGUCUGAUGCCCGGGAUGGACUCACUCAAAAGUGGCGACGUGGGAAAGCGACGAAAAGGUAUCUACGAGAUCAUCACGGGAUGCUGGAGAUCUACAAUUGAGGCUGGCGACGGGACUGGUGUCCAGCUCACGGACGACGCCCGCAGCUUCGACAGUGCCAUUUCCUUCGGUACCGAUCCUACCAUGAGGCCAUUCGUGGCCGACGCGAUUAUUGCGAACCCUCCGAGUUUCGCCCAUGUCCACAUUGCAGAGAAGCUAGGCAUUCCUCUACACCUGAUGUUCACCAUGCCCUGGUCACCGACUCAAUCAUUUCCUCAUCCGCUUGCCAACAUUGUCUCGUCCAAUGCCGAUGCCAAUAUGGCCAACUUUGUGACCUAUGCUUUGGUCGAUAUGUUGACUUGGCAGGGACUGGGCGAUGUGAUCAAUCGCUUCCGCGAGAGGAGUCUAAAUCUCGAACCCAUCAGUAUCAUGUGGGCUCCAGGUAUGGUCAGCCGCCUACACAUCCCUUGGACCUACUGCUGGUCGCCUGCCUUGAUCCCUAAACCGGCAGAUUGGGGCAACUAUAUUGAUAUUUCUGGCUUCUUCUUCUUGAAUCUUUCGACAAACUACACCCCGGCGCCGGAUCUCGCAGACUUUCUCGCAGCCGGCCCGCCUCCUGUGUAUAUCGGAUUUGGAUCGAUCGUGGUUGAUGACCCCAAUGCCAUGACGAAAAUGAUCUUCGAAGCUGUCAAGAAGACUGGUCAACGAGCGCUUGUCUCCAAAGGCUGGGGCGGUCUCGGCGCUGAUCAACUUGGCAUUCCUGAAGGCGUUUUCAUGUUGGGCAAUAUUCCGCAUGACUGGCUGUUCAACCAUGUAUCGUGUGUCGUCCAUCAUGGUGGUGCCGGGACGACGGCGGCUGGUAUUCUUGCUGGCCGCCCGACGGUCGUGGUGCCUUUCUUCGGUGAUCAACCAUUCUGGGGUGCAAUGACAGCAAAAGCAGGAGCAGGUCCGAAACCAAUUCCGUACAAGCAAUUGACUGCAGACAAAUUGGCAGCACAGAUUAUGGACGCAUUAAAGCCGGAGUCCCUCGAACGGGCAAAAGAGUUGAGCAUGAAGAUCAGAUCAGAGGAUGGCACAGAGGCGGGUGCCCAAUCUUUUCACAAACAACUACACCUGCCAGACAUACGGUGCUCGUUGGAUCCUAGGCGUACCGCUGUUUGGCGCAUAAAGCGGACAGAUAUUCGACUAUCUCCAUUGGCUGCUGUAGUCCUUGGAAGCGAAGGCCUGCUCGAUUUCUCUGACCUGAAACUUUAUCGAGCUCGGGAAUAUGAGACCGAGGACGGUCCAUGGGAACCAAUUUCAGGCGGUGCCGCAGCCCUUAUUGGUACCAUUGGGAAUCUUUCCAUGGGGGUUGCAGAUUUUCCUGUGGAGAUAUUCAAUUCUUUGAAAACCGCUCACGGCGACCUGAAAGAUCUGCACGAGAGGGAACAGCAGAGGAAACAUUCGGCAGGUCCUGGUACUCCUUUACAACCUCAGCUAUCUCAGGAGACAAUCCCAGAUGACUCUGCAGAGAGAAGAGUCUCGGCAGAUGCUGGCCUAGAACCCAAACAAUCUCACGAGAGGGGACGUUCGCAAAGCCCUUCUGGUCCUGCAAUUCUUUCGCAUGAGAGAGUAGAGUCUCCCACAUUCAGCGAACCAAGUACGGGAGCACCGACUCUGGCAACGACAACUUCCCAAUCACGGCCCUCAGCCAUGUCAUCGGUCGUCUCUCCGGAUGGCUCGAAGCGAAGCCACUCCCACCAUCGCCGAUGGUCACAUCACCGCUCGCAUUCACGAUCCGGGUCAGGUUCGCGCAAGCCACAUCACCGUGACCACUCUCCUGCUUGCGAAGAAGUCGGUCAGAUUUCUCUGGAGACUGCUUUAUCUGGCGCAAAAGCCGUGGGAAAGAUUGUCUCUGCUGGUGUCAAGUCACCUAUGGAUUUCACACUCUCACUGGCAAAGGGAUUCCACAAUGCACCGAAACUAUACGGAGAUGAGACUGUCCGCAAAAGUGAGAAAAUCACAGACCUUCAGUCUGGCCUCAGGGCUGCUGGCAGAGAAUUCACCUAUGGCUUCUAUGAUGGUGUCACUGGAUUAGUGACGCAACCUCUUGCAGGAGCCAAGAAGGAAGGCGCUGCAGGCUUCUUCAAAGGUGCUGCAAAGGGUUUCGGGGGUCUAAUCUUGAAGCCUGGUGCCGGCAUCUGGGGUCUUCCCGGGUAUACCGCCAAAGGUAUCUACGCUGAAGUUGCCAAGCACUUUGGCAGCUCUGUGCAGAACUACAUUAUCGCUGCUCGAACGGCUCAAGGUUUUGAAGACUGGAAAAACAGUACCCCCGAAGAGAGAGACGCAAUCAUUAGUGCUUGGAAGGAUAACAAGGUUGAGGAAAAGAAACGUGGACAACUUUACGGAAGUGAGCGCAAGGAGGCGAUCGAAAGUCACAUCCUGACCAAGACGCACAGCGACUCUGUUGAGCUCGUCCACGGCUUCAAAAACACCAGACAUCUUAGCUGGGAUGAGCGCAAGGCCCUUGCCGAGAGACGAGAUCAACUCAAGAAAGAGCAGAAAGAACUGGAGCGUCGUGAACGAGAGGUCAAGAUGGAAGAAGCCAGGCGUAACGGUAACGGCAACGGGAAGGCCAAGGUCAAGAGCCGUUGCCGAUUCUGUCCCUUCGACCAUGACAGCAAUCACCAUCUCGACCACACCCGGUCAUUCUCCAGCAUCAGUUCGUCUCUCGAAUACUCGAAGACACACUCUCCCGAUGAUGAUUCUUCCCUUCAAGACUACGAGCAUGCCAUCACCAUGGCCGUCACAGAAUCGAGUAAAGGAGAUCCGGACGAAGACGCCAUCAUCGAGCGCGCGCUCAGAGCAAGUCUCAAGGAGUUGCAUAAUGCAGGGCACAACGGCAACGGCAAGGACCACAAUGACGACGCGUACAAGAAGGCCCUCAGAGCGAGUCUGCGAGAGUUCAAACGAGCGCAGGCCGAUCACCAGAAACGUCGUGAGUCACAAGAGACAGGGGUUAUUUCCACGGUGGCCGAACAAGACGAGGAAGAUGCAGAUGAAGAUGAAGAACAUAGGAACCAACUCAAAAAGGUCCUGACGAGAAGUUUGGAAGAGUAUAAAGCGUCGCAGGCUGCAAAGUCACAGCCAAUCCUUAUGGAUUCUGCAGAAAACAAUGAUUCGGGCAUCGAUACAGAUUAUGACCACGACAAGGAUUUCCACCGCGCCAUGGAAGAGAGUAAACGGUUGCACGACGAGAAUCAAGCUAAACAUGCCGAAUUGGCAAAGCGUGAAGAGGCGUUGAAGUCAGCAACGGUGACGAACGGUCUCGGUGCGGAAGAGGAUGAGAAGUUGAAGCGCGCGAUCACGGAGUCUGAGCAACAUGAAAAGGCCCGCCAGGAAGACUUGACGAAACAACGGACCGAGGAGGAGAUUGUGCUGGAUUAUAUCAAGAAGCAGAGUCUGCGUGAGGAGGAGCUGAGAAAGCAGAGACUGGCGGAGCAUGAGCAGGCUUAGACUGCGCCUGAUUAACGACAUGACUUGAUACACUCAUUAUGGCCACGCGCCGUACCUGAUUAGUAUGAUGUACGUUUGAUGAGAUGACGGAAAUUGAUACCAUGGAGCUCUAUGAUUGGUAUGA